GGUUGGGUGCACCUUGGUCUCCACAGCAGGAGGUUGGAGGGACCCAUCAGUCACAGCUCAGACUACAGUGUCCCCCUUUCCUGGUAUUCUCUGUCCUACAUCCUGAGGGGAAGCCAGAAGAACCCUCUCCUGCUGCCAUGAACUCUGCCAUCACCAGCUGCGAGCCUCCCAACUGCUUGCAGAGGGGUGAUGGUGUGCUCGGCUCCCACACUGAAGGCCAAGGCAGGAAGCAGGAUGGGAGGCGCGAGAGUCCCAGCAGCAACCACCUUGCCUAUAGCAUCUUGGAUGUCCCUCCAUGGUAUCUCUGCAUCUUCCUGGGGAUCCAGCACUUCCUCACAGCCCUGGGGGGCCUUGUGGCUGUGCCACUCAUCCUGGCCAAGGACCUGUGCCUUCAGAAUGACCCUCUGACACAGAGCUACCUCAUCAGCACCAUUUUCUUCGUCUCAGGCAUCUGCACCCUCCUGCAAGUGUUUUUUGGGGUCAGGCUGCCCAUUCUCCAGGGAGGGACCUUUGCUUUUGUGGCACCCUCUGUGGCUAUGCUUUCGCUUCCAUCCUGGAAGUGCCCUGAGUGGACGCUCAAUGCCAGCCAGGUGAACACCAGCUCUCCUGAAUUCAUUGAGGAGUGGCAGAAGAGGAUCCGAGAGUUGCAGGGUGCUGUCAUGGUGGCUUCCUGUGUCCAGAUACUUGUGGGCUUCUCUGGCCUCAUUGGUUUUCUCUUGCACUUCAUUGGCCCCCUGACCAUCGCUCCAACCAUUUCUCUGGUGGCGCUGCCUCUCUUUGAUUCUGCAGGCAAUGAUGCUGGGAUCCACUGGGGGAUUUCCUUCCUGACCGUCUUCCUCAUCGUGCUGUUUUCUCAGUACCUGAGGAACAUUGCAGUGCCUGUGCCUGUUUAUGGAAGAGAGAAGAAGUGUCACACCUCCAAGUUCUAUCUGUUCCAGGUCUUUCCAGUGCUGCUGGCCCUCUGCAUCUCGUGGCUCUUUUGUUUUGUGCUCACUGUCACCAACACCUUCCCUGUGGCCCCCACGGCAUAUGGGUACCAGGCCCGCACAGACACCAAGAGCAACGUCCUGAGCCAGGCCCCUUGGUUUCGCUUCCCAUACCCAGGGCAGUGGGGCCUCCCCACCGUCAGCCUGGCUGGGGUCUUUGGGAUCAUCGCUGGAGUGAUCUCCUCCAUGGUGGAGUCAGUGGGUGAUUAUUAUGCCUGUGCUCGACUAGUGGGGGCCCCACCCCCUCCAAAGCAUGCCAUCAACCGUGGCAUUGGCAUUGAGGGCCUUGGCUGCCUACUGGCAGGAGCCUGGGGGACAGGGAAUGGCACCACCUCCUACAGCGAGAAUGUCGGAGCACUGGGCAUCACCAGGGUGGGAAGUAGGAUGGUGAUUGUGGCAGCGGGCUGUGUGCUACUCCUGAUGGGCAUGUUUGGGAAGAUCGGGGCUGCGUUUGCCACUAUCCCAACACCAGUGAUUGGAGGCAUGUUCCUGGUCAUGUUCGGGGUCAUCAGUGCUGUGGGGAUCUCCAACCUGCAGUAUGUGGACAUGAAUUCAUCCAGGAACCUCUUUGUGUUUGGCUUCUCCAUCUUCUGUGGACUCGCCAUCCCCAACUGGGUGAAUAAGAACCCCGAGAAGCUGCAGACAGGGAUUAUCCAGCUGGACCAAGUCAUCCAGGUGCUACUGACCACGAGCAUGUUUGUCGGUGGAUUUCUGGGCUUUGUCCUAGACAACACCAUCCCUGGCAGCCGGGAGGAGAGAGGCCUCUUAACAUGGACUCAAAUUCAGGAGGAUUCUGAGGAGACCCGGAAGGUCUCGGAGGUCUACGGUCUUCCCUGGGGGAUCGGCACCAAGUUCUGCACAUCUUCCUGCAGUCAGAUCCUCCCCUUCUGGCCCAGGCUAGACCACCGUGGGAAAGACGAGGUGGGAGUGAGCCAGCUCACCCUCUGUUCUGAGGCUUCUUCAGGAAAGCGCCUGUGGGAUGCCACGGAAACUAGGAUGUGAAGAAAACUGCCCCCAACCCCUUAUCUCCUCAUGGCCAACCCUCGCCACCCAGCUGCUCACAAAUGCAAGGACUCUGUUCACAAAUGGGCUGGCGCGGCCCUCCUCAGCGCCUCGCACUGCGUCAAGCAGUCCGAUGAACUUGAUGGAAGUGGGUGUGCUCCGUCAGGGCGGCGGCCAGACCCCAGAGCACCUCCCACUGUCUCCCAGCUCCCUAUGGACAAGGAUGGCGUCCACACAGAAACCAUACUUAGUAGGCGAGUCUGCUGAAAGGGGAUAGGGACAGGCAGAACUGUAAUCCCAGCUACUGGAGAGACUGAGGUGGGACUAUCACAAGCUCUAGGCUUGUCUGGGCUACAGAGUGAGUUCAAAGCAUACCUUGGCAACUAAG